ACAGAAGGAGGGUCUUCAUAAACGCUGAGCAGAGGUGCUGCUGUGUCAGUGUGGAGGAGGCCUGCAGCCCAUCAUGGGUCACAGGAAGCUGUGUCUGCUGCUGCUGCUCGGCUGCUGCGCGCGGGCUCAGGACGGGCAGGACGUGGACCAACAAACUGCAGCCUGUCAGUCAGCAUCCAGAUUCAAGGCCUUCAGGAAGUACGUGUAUCGGUACAGCACAGAGAGCCGGAACAGCGUGACCGGCGCCGCCGACCUGAGAGACGGCCAUGAGCUCACCUGUCAGGUGGAGGUCGAGGUCCCCCACCUGUGCAAGUUCAUCAUGCACACCAGGGGCUGCACCCUCAGGCCGGCCCCCAGCUCGGACGCCUUCCAGGCCGCCAUGGAAAGGAACCCUCUGAAGUUCACCCUGCAGGGUGUCUCCAACAUUCAGCUUUACCCCGACGCCGACGAGGCGAUCGGCAUCCUCAACAUCAAGAGAGGGAUCGUUUCUGCUCUCAUGGUGCCAGACACGGAGGACCAGCAGGGCGGCCGCACGAGCACCGUGCACGGUCAGUGCGUCACUCUGGUGAACUCGAGCAGUGAUGUUGCCACAAGUGUGACGCUGGUCAGAGAUCUGUCCCAGUGUGACCAGUUCUACAGCAGAGAGCUGACCAACAGCCCGCUGGCCCUGCUGCAGAGACUGCACAGCCCGAUAUCCAAGCUGAUCACAAGCACUCAAAGCUGCAGCUACCAGUUUGAUCGGAGGGAAAGGCACAUCACCACAGCCUCAUGCACAGAAAACCACAGCUACCUGCCGCUCUCCCACACGGACAGCACAGUGUCGUCAGAGCUGACGCAGGAGCUGCGCUUCCAGAGCAACAGGAGGACCAGCAACAGAGACUUCAGUGUGGAGCGCGACCAGGUGAGGCCCCUUCACUUUGAAGAUCCUGAAGAUAAAUCUCCAGUGCAGACGGGAGACGAUGUUCUGACCACCUUACGGGAGCUGGUGACGUUAGCGGGCUCAGACCAGGGUCAAAAAAGGGCGGGGCUUUUCCAUAAGCUGGUGUCCGGCCUGCGCGCCCUGAGGAACGAGACCCUGAGCCGGGCGGUCCCUGAGAUGCGAGCGGCAUCAGGCUGGCUCACCUGGCAGGCCCUGUUCCAGUGCGGGACCUCAGAGUGCACCAGCGCCAUCCUGCAGAUUAUCCGGACCAUCGACGGCGUUUCCCUGGAGACAGACGCUCUGGUCUACGCCUUGAGUCUGCGGGCUGACCCUGAUGCUGCACGUGUGCGAGACAUGCUCAGCAUGGCUCAGUAUAAACAGAGCAAGCCCAUCAUGUACGCUCUGGCCAACACAGUGAAGAAGAUCCAUAAAAACGCGGUAACGCCGGAGGUCACGGAUGUGCUCACAGACGUGUCAAAGUUCAUGGAGGUGCUCUUAAACGACUGCUCAGUCCCACACUACGACUCUGACCUUCCUCCUGACCCCGCAGAGAUGUCCUUCCUUGUCCUGAGGGUCGUUGGGGUCAUGGGUCAGGCCAUGCAAGCCGUCAGCCCCAGCCUGAUCUCGUCCAUUUUACGAUGUGCAAAGAAAGCAGAAGUCCCACUAUCACAUCAAAAGGCAGCCAUACAGGCCUUUAGACGGAUGGACGUCAGUGAUGAGGUCAGAGAUGUGUUCGUGGAGGUGUACCGGGACGAUCACAGCCCCGUAGAAAAGCGUGUAGCAGCUUUCCUGAUUCUGAUGAAGAGCCCGGACCGAGCGACCAUCAGAGACAUCGUCAGCAGUUUGGAGAACACGAGGGACGAGCAGCUCAGGAGCUUCGUGGUGUCUUACCUGAACAACAUCAGAAACUCAGACGAACCACAAAUACAGCAACUCAGGGAGUACACUGAGUCGGCCCUGAAUGGCCAGCCGUCACCCACAGGCGCCAUCUUUGAUGGCAUGUCCCGCAACUACAAGCUGGACUCCUCCUUGGGAUCAAUCCAGAGCAACAUCAUCUUUGAUGGAAGCGACACCUUACCCAAGGAGAUGAUGCUGGAGACCACGCUGAAGGUGUUUGACUACAGCUACGACAUCUUCGAGGUCGGCGUUGAAGGAACGGGAUUCGAACCAACGAUCGAUGCUCUUUUUGGGGAGAGAGGUUUGCUCCCUGAAUCCAUUUCCAGACUGAUGUACUUGGCGCAGGACAAAGCCCCAAUGCUCAAAGCCAUUUUGGACAGAAUAGCACCCCAACGAGACAGAAGGAAGAGACAGAUCCCAGAAGACUUUCUGAAAGACAUGGCGGACAGAAUCCAGAAACUUGUGAAUGAUGUGAGCUCCUCUCCAGCGCCUGAAGCCGCCGCCUACCUCAGACUUUUGGGGAAUGAGAUUGGAUAUCUGAAGACCGGCGAGAUGAGGAAAAUGUUUGAGACUCUGUUCAUGUACUACCACGUCUUCAUCAGGGUACUACCUGCCCAGGUGUUCUCUGAGCUCAUAUCCAGGACUGACAAUGAAGUCUUUGCCCACUACAUCUUCAUGGAGAAUGCCUUUGCUCUACCCACCACAUCUGGCUUCCCUCUCAAGUUCUCACUAGCUGGUGUGUUUGCACCAGGUGUCAGAGGAGGCCUGACGCCCUCGGCAGCGACUGAGUUGUCCUUCAUGCCUUCGGUUGGACUGGAGUUCAUCACCCAGAUGGGUGUGCACAUUCCAGACUACGUGGACGCCGGGAUUCAGACGCACACCAACAUGUACCAUGAAAGUUCCCUUAAUGCUAAAGCUACAGUUAACCGAAGGCAGGUCAAGCUGUCCAUCCCUGCUCCUCAGUCGAACACUCAGCUGUUCAGCGUGAGCACCAAGGUGCUGUCUCUGUCAUCUGGUCAAACAACGAUGGGGCCAUGCAAGGUGGGAGACCGGGCCGACUCAGUCGAUUGCCAGCCUCUGCUCAGUGGUCUGAAGCUCUGCACAGCAGUGCGUUACUCCAAUCCUACCUCUGUGGAUCAGGCACCAUGUUCCCCUCUAACCGGAGAAACCAGGUUUGCAGUUGAAAUCCAGCCAACAGGAACAGUUUCAGAGUACACCGCCACCAUCGCAGAUGAAACGGUCAGAGAGGGCAAACGAGGGCGCCAUAAGGUGGAAACGCUGAAAUUAAUCCUGAAGGCAGAAGGCGACGAUUCAUCGGAGGCCUCAGCAGCUCUGAAAUACAAUCGCUUAAAAAACACCGUCUCUGCUGAGGUCGUCAUUCCUGACUAUGACGUGGAAGCAGGAGUCAAACUGGUUUUCACUGAGAGCGGUGCUGAGAGGAAGAUGAGGGGCAUCACCAUCGAUAUCACCAACAAGAACAUCCCACAGCUGACGCUUGUUGGACGUGCCAGGCUUAGCAUGAUGAAUGAUGGCAUGCUGCAACUCCAGAUGGUCGUUCCUUCUCUGAAAGCCGAUGCAUCUCUCACUGCAAACCUAAAGAAGGAUGAAGAUGUGGUCAUGGACCUGGAGACCAUCAUGCACCUCUCUGAGAUAUCAUACCAGCAAAAAGCUUCCCUAAAAUACGAUAAUGACAAGUUUGAGGUGGAACUGAAAUCCGACCUGAAUUCAGAGACGCAGAAAAUGAUCCCUAAUGUGGAGGCUCAUCGCAGGCAGCUUCAACAGCUCGUUGAUGAGAUCCUGGACCAGAGGGUGGCGAAGACAGACAUGAAACUGCGUCACAUCAUCACAAAAGGAAUCGAGGCGGGUAACAUAUGGCUGGACAAACUGACGGCGCACAUCCCCACUCUGGCAAAACUGCGAAGUAAGAGAAGCCUCUCUGAUCUUGCUCUGCCAGCUCUGCCAGAAAAACUGUUCCUGCAGUCCGACACUUUGUUACGGUACCAGUUCAACAAGGACAAGAUGGCCAUCUCACUUCCUCUUCCACUUGGAGGCAAAAAGUCCGAAGAGCUGAACGUACCAAACUCCCUGUCAGUGCCCCUCAUAGAUUUACCACAGAUAGGUCUGUACAUCCCACCCAGGGCCUAUCAGCUCCCACGGUUCACCAUACCACCGUCUCUGGAUUUGUCUCUCCCCCUUCUCGGUCUGGCUGCAGCAUCCACAAAGAUCAGCAGCAACUUCUACAGCUGGGAAGGCUCGAUCUCUGGGGGCAACAACACCGCCGAUGUCCCCAGCUACACUGCACAGUUCAGGGCCACGGCCCAGUCACCUUUCAGCCUGUUGUCAUACAAGCUUGAAGGCACCGGGAUGAUGUCGGGAAGAGGCGAUGAUAAUCUCAAGUAUCUUCUGAAUAGCUCCUUCAGCCAUAGCCUCAUCGACACAAGCGUCAGCGUCUUAGAAACAUUAAGGGUGACGGACAAACUCAAGGCAAGAGCCAAUUACAAGAUGGAAGCUUCUAGUGCUUUAGGCUUGCAAGCCACCCUCUACUACUCUGCUCAUGCGACUUCCUCCCUAAAUUCAGACGAAGUCUCAGGAGAUGGCACCGUCAACGGACUCCUCAAAAUUGGCUCAUUCCACACCAACGCUUCCUACCUUCACAGCUACAACCUACGCCCACUAGAUCGAGAAGGACGAGGAGAAUCCACUCUGAAGUUUGACUCACCAGUCCUACAAGUUCACAACACAGUCCGUGGAGUCUGCAAAAACUCAGAGUUAUACAUCAUGUCCCAAACGAGCGCUCAGAGGGACAUGCUCCAGCAUGUGGCAGAACUCAGAUAUAAGGAUGCGCAGCUGACCCUGAAGUGCAGCGCCUUGGCCAAAGCCAUGGGGGAAUCACUAAGUAACCAAGUUGAGUUUGGAGUGUCCAACCAAAUGGCCCUUCUCACAAUUGAAUCACAGGCAUAUGACGACAAAAACAGGGUAUACUCCCUGAUAUCAGGAUCUCUGGAUUCAAAUGGGCUUCAGGUAAACUCUGAGGGUUCCCUCACCUUAGAAACAGGGCGUGUCUGGCAUAAGGCUUCUGUAACAGCUGGAAAAAAUGGUCUGACAGCAAGUGGCACAAACAGCAUACAGUGCAGUCCUGUGACAGUGGAGAACAUUUUCAACUGUGCGAUAGACAACAGUGGAGCAUCCCUGUCCUCCUCUACCAAAGCGAUGGGUGACGAGAGCAGAGGGGAGCUGAAAAUUGAGGGUGAAGUCACAGCUGCUAAAGCCUCUCUGUACGGUGACCUGAAGGGAUAUGCGUACGACGCAACGACAUUAAGCAGCGUGAAAAUGAUGCUGGACAGAAGAGCUCUGAGUUUUACCGGAAACACAAAGGGAACACUCAGACAGAUGAAAACAGAAAACAGCCACAAACUCACCCUCACCCUGUGGACCCUCAGCCUCCGCUCCGAGUCAAACAACUUCAUCUGUGACGAUAUUUACUACAAGCAAGACACCAAGCUCGAUGUGAAGCCAUUUUUUACGCGAUUCAAUAUGAGAAAUGACCUCCGGUUUUAUGACGUCGCUUUGAGCCACGAGGGUCACGUAAGGCUCGAGCCAGUUAAGGUGGAUCUCCAUGGAAGCAUGACUGCAGCUCACAGAGAGCAACACAGCGUCAAACAUACCUAUGAACUCACCUAUGACUCACCUGUGGCUGGCACCAUGAAAUACAGCACAUCUGGAAACGUGAUGGAUGCCCAGCUCACUCACAGCUGUGAACUGGAAUUUGCUGGACUGUCUUUAACAUCAGACUGUGAGGCGCAGGUAGACUCUGCACCUGUGCGGUUUAACAGCAGCGUUCGCACCAUGGCGCUGCCUUUUCGCCUCACUGUGGAUGCUGGUUUCAACGCGGCGGGAGAAAUUAAUCUACAUGGGCAGCACACCGGAGACACGUACAGCCAGCUGCUGCUGAAAGCUGAGCCCCUAGCUCUUUCAUUUGCACAUAAAAGCGGCAUAUCAACAGCUCAUAAGCUUCCAAGUGGGGAAUCCUCUGCUGGUGUAAAGAACAUAUUUGAAGGUUUCCUGACUCCAAGCGAUCAAUUAUUAUCUUGGGAAGUAAAGUCUAAACUGAACGACCGUGCUUACAACCAGGCGACCAGUAUUUCCAACAAUCCAGAGAAAGCUGAAUUGGAGUUUUCAGCAAUAAUGUUAGAAGAUUUACAAGAAAAUGCAAAAUUCAACAUGUCUGGUUUCCUGCAGUAUGAUAAGAACAGUGACUGUCAUAUCAUCGAGAUUCCACUCAUCGAGAGCUUUCCUGCAGCUUUUCAGCAGCUCAAAAACACACUGAUUCAAACCUUAGAGUCACUGCAGCAGGUCAUCCGUGAUGUAGAUAUCGACGGGCUCAUCAGCAACUUUAGAGAAAAGCUAGAACGGCUGCCGACACAAGUGAGUAACUUCAUGCAAGAGCUAGACUUGGAGAACAAAGUAAAUCAAGUGAAAGUGAAACUCGACGAUUGGAUCGGUGCCUCCGCUGUCACGAUGAAUGACUUGGAGCUUGCUGUGAAGAAUCUGAGGAAGAAUUUAGAAACCACAGUAACGGACAUCAUCACCAAAAUUCAAAAGCUCGUUUUUUCCGUUGAAGAGUACAUCAAGGGUGGACGUCUUGAAGUCCAGAUAACAAAUGUUCUUUCUGAUGUCGGAAAUCACACGUGGGCCUUCGAUGACCAAUAUAAAAUUAAGCGGUCAUUUCUCAGAAUUCUUGAUAUCAUCGAAGACAUUAUGAAACAGAUCGAUUUCCAGAAACUCCGGAUAACCGGUGCUCUGUUUCUCCAGGAGCUAGACUCCAAAUAUGAAAUCUUGGAGACGAUUAAAACCAAACUAUCAGAACUGAAACGAGUCAUUGAGGAUUUUAACAUCAAGUCGAGUUUUGAGGAUCUGAAGGAGUAUCUCCUUUCAGUUGACUGGGCUGCGCAUGUUGAGCAGUUAUCUUAUAAUAUCCCCCCUUCAGAGAUAGCAAAAGUCAUGGAGUCUGUCCAUGAUGUUAUCGUCAACUGGAUUGAUGAAUAUGAAAUCCCCAACAAAAUCAAUGAAGUGUAUUUCUACAUCAGGGAUCUUGUUUUAAAAUACGACCUCGAUGAUAUAUUCAAACAGCUGAUGGAUCAGGUGGUGAUUCUGGUCAAGCAGUUUAAAAUUGAAAAGACUGUGCAGUCACUGGUAGAAGCUUUGAAGUCUAUCAAAUUUGAAUAUUCUUAUGAUAAAAUAAUGCAAUUUCUGUCCAGUGUGACAAAUCAGCUCAGAGCGAUCGACUUUAAGAAGAGCAUCGAUGACCUUAAUGAAUAUAUUUCUUCGACUCUUAAAUCAAUGAGGACAUUUUGGUACGAUGCCUUUGUUGAUGACGCUAACAAGAAGAUUGCUGAACUAACAAACUACAUCAACGAGCAGAUUAAAAUAUAUGAGCUGGUGAAAAAAAUUGAGGCUGUUAGGGACUUUUUCAGAGAGAUCCAAACUUCCAUUUUUACGUAUUUGGAUGAGCUAAAAAACACAAAAGUGGCUGAUGCUCUAAAAAGACUGAAAAAUGUGAUCGAUACUACAUUUUACAACGACAUCAAACUGAAGGUGCAGGAUAUCCUUGAGGAUGCAAGGGAGAGAAUUGUUGACAUGGACAUCAGAGGCGAACUGUAUUUAUUCCUCGAAAGAGCGAGUGAUUCCUACAGAAAUAUUGUUGAAUUAAUGUCUGCAAACUUUAACCAAGUGAUGGAUCAGAUUGUAAAAACAGCAAAGGACAAUGAGUUCAUUGACCAGACGAAGCAGGCUGUAGAUGAAUUUCUGAGCUUACUGAAAAGAGGUAAGAUUGAAGUUCCUACUUUUACAGUACCUCUCACUGAUCUUGUUAUUCGAAGAUUUACAGUUGACAUGAAGAAUCUGCAGGACAUUAGCAUCCCAGCUCAAAUUUCACUCCCUCCGUUCACCAUCCUCAACUUGUACACCAUCCCUGGCUUCACGAUAGAUGUCGAUGAGAUCAAAGCUAGGAUCAUUGCUCUGAUAGAUGAAAUCAGAGACUUUGAGAUCCAAACACCUGACCCAGAGGAAAUCUUUGGUGAUCUGAAAGUUCUCUACCUGUCUGAACUACCCGAUCUCACCUUCACAGGAAUAACUCUAUCGGAAAUAACAUUUCCAGCAAUCAACAUUCCCAAGUUGCAGUGGAGAGGCUUUGACGUCUUACCACGCCCAGUUCCAGAGAUAACUUAUCCCAGGAUUCCCAGUGACAUUUGUGUCCCACGUUUUGGAAAACUCCAUGGAGAAUUUAGGGUGUACUCGGAAGACCUGACUCUCAUUACAACAGGAAAAAUUGAAAACUCAACAUCCACACCAAAAAACCCACAGUUUACAGCCAUCGUUGCGUCUCAUGCCAAGUCGCGCUUCAAGCCGCUGGAGUACACGUUUGAAGUCACGGCUCAGCUUGACGCUCCCAGAAUGAAGAAGCUGCAGUUCACAGAAACACUGAAGGCUGCACACAUGGCCUUUGCCAUUGACCACGAAGGAUCCCUGACACUCACCGGCACCGCUGCUGAGGCUUCUGCCAAGACUGUCGCCAGAGCCGCAACCCAAAUGUACACUGCAGAGUUGGUCAGUAAAAUGGACCUUACUUUAAAGAGUGGAGUCCAUGCAGCCGUAGCCACAGCCUACAACCACAGCUUGAAUAUCCCGUCACAUGAAACUUCAAGUCAGGCAUCAGUGAGACAAAAUAUAGCAGCCUCUGCAGAAUCUGGCAGAGUCACUGUGACUGGAGAGACUACAGGAAAUGGAAAGUGGUCGGUUUAUGACUACGCUGAUGAAGGUACUCACAAAAGCAACAUGGAGUUUGAUGUAAAUUUCAGCACUGCAAAGUUAACAUUUGUUGGAGAAACUGACUGUGAGGCCUUAAAAGCCAAGCACACGCUAAGAGCUGAAUCAGUGCUCUUAAAUCGGAUUAGUAUUGAUGCAAAAUGUGAAACUGAAACUUCAUCUGUGAAGAAGAGUGUUUUGGUUUUGGAUGGAGUGGCUGAUAUCGGGGACCUGAAGGUUGCGCUCGCAGCCUAUCACGAUGUUGAAUUCAAUGGAAAACUGACUGGAUCCAUGUCCAACUCGCUGGAGUUCACAAUCCAUCCAUUUGAGGUGGCCUUCGAUGUUAAGAAUAAAGUAAACUCGAAGGUUUUCUUUCCCCUGAGACUGACUGGAAAGGUAGCUCUGCAGCAUGACUGUGGUGUUGCAUUAAACUCUGUGAAACAGCACGCGUCCUGCUUUGCUUUGGCAAGGUUCAAUCAGUACAAGUACAGUCACAACAUCACCGCAGAAAACAAUGAUAUGGACAUCUUCUUCCACUCUUCCGCAAACGGAGAGGCUAACCUGGAAUUUUUGACGAUUCCGCUCUCUAUCCCAGAGAUGAGCAUACCUUAUUUCCAUAUUAAAACCCCUGAAGUCAGAGAAUUUCCGCUGUGGGAAAAUGCUGGAUUCCAAACUUUGCUCACCACACCUCAGCAAUCAUUUGACAUGAACUUGAAGCUUCACUAUUACAAGAACCCUGACACCCACAGCUUUGAACUGUACCUUAAACCGAUCUACGGUGCAAUCAGCGACAAAGCCACCGUCCUCCAGGCUCAGUUUGAAGAGUUUUGGGACAAAGUGGUUGCAUUUUUAAAAGAUUCAUACGACCAAGCAAGGCCACAGUACAUCAAACACAGAACUGACACAUCUAGCCUGCCACCUAGCAUCUUCAGAGUCCCCGGAUAUAAAAUACCAAUCCUGGAUAUACAGGUUUCACCUUUCAGUGCCGAGAUGCCGGCCUUUAGCUAUUUCAUUCCCAAAGAGGUCAGGACCCCAAGCUUUAAAGUCCCAGCUCUGGGGUUCUCUGUGCCGUCCUAUACUCUUGUGCUGCCAUUAUUAACGUUUGCUGUCAUUCAUGUUCCAGAAACGUUAAGUGAAGUAACCUUGCCCACUUUUAGACUGCCACCCAUGCAGAACAACAUAGCGAUCCCAGCUAUGGGUAACAUGACAUUUGAUUUCUCCUUCAAAUCCGCUGUGAUUUCGUUCAUUGCCAGCGCAGGCCUUUACAAUCAGUCUGACAUUGUUGCUCGUUUUGGCACCUCUUCAACGUCAGCGUUUGACAUUUUGAACAUAAAAAUCGACGGCACCGCCAGCUUGACGAGGACGAGAGGAAUAAAAGUGGCCUCAGCUGUUUCCCUGGAGCACGACAACAUCAAUGCAAACCACGAAUGUGCUGUCAACCUCAACAAAAGGGGCAUGGAAGCUUCUUUAACCAACACUGCAAAGGUCAAGCUACCCUUCCUCAACCUGGAGCUGAAUCAGGAGCUCAUCGGAAACACCAAAACAAAGCCAAAUCUCACAUCCAAGAAAAAGUUAAAGUACAUUUUUAGCAUUCCUCUGAUUGAGGCUGCAGGAAACUGUGACAUGAACUGGGAACUGGAAGCGCUUCCUUCUUAUGUGUCUCUGGAGACCUGCACCCAGGGGAAGACAGACAUUAUGAUGGUGAACGGCUGUAUCUUUUCUGGAGAUCUGGAGAAUAAAGCCAGUUUCUACUUCACUGCCAACAGCCUGCGUUCAACUGUCAAGACUGUCUUAAACUCAAACCUCGACAAACAGGAGAAACAAAAACGAAACUCCAACAACAUCUUCCUGUUUGACUUGAAUAAGGAGUUAGCUCUGGCAGUUUCCUUGCAGCGAAUUUUUGCAACGGCUGAAUGCACGAGCACCAACAAUGUCGAUUUGGCCUUUUUCACAACAAAUGGAAAACAUGUCACUAAAGGAGAACUGGACUUUAUUCCUUUAACGACCUUCAAGACCAAACUGAACAUCGAAGCGAGCCAGCCGAGCAGUUUGGGUGAUGCUCGACUCAUUCAGAGCAUUAACCUGGCCGUCAGCUCAGAGAAGCAGUCUCUCACCUGGAGAGUUAAGGAACAGCUUGCGUCUUUCGUCCAUGCUCAUCUUUUACUGCUGUCCAAUGAUGAAUCAGCAGUGCACUUGAAUUUGGCUGGAUCAGUAGAAGGUCCCCUCGCUUUUUUGAAGACAGUUAAGAUUCCUAUUUAUCAGAAUACCCUCUGGGAUGUGCUCAGGUUUGAUCAGGACACCAGUAUGAAUAAAUUACAAUUCCUCAAUGUCUCUACUAGUAUUGUGUACACAAAGAGCAUGGAUGGCCAUGGAUAUGCAAUACCGUUUACCCUUUUGGAAAAUGGUGUCAGUUUUAGCGUCCCUCAGAUCAGCAUUGCAGUGCCUUCAUGGCUCAAAGGAAUUCCAAGCUCCAUAAGGAACAUAGACGAGCGUCUGGAAAACCCCGACGUCCCGGAUCAUCUCACACUUCCCCCUGUGAUCUCACUUCCUGCCUUUAAUGUACCAUUCACGACACUGCAUGUGGAGGCCUUCACACUCGAUCCUAAGAACCUCAGUGUCCCGAGGGUGAUCAGCACCGAGGCCUUUGAAAUCAUGCUGCCUGGCCUGCCAGUACUGUCAGUGCCUGGUUAUGACAUUAACACAGAGUACCUGCAGGGAAAAACAUCAUUCCUUUCAUUUAAGAUACCACAAUAUGAAAUCACAGUCUUACCUUUUACUCUACCAAAAUCAGUGACCAUCGGGGGGCAAACCAUCAGCCUAAAUUACAUCACACGCCAGAUUUCCAACUUUGACCUUCCAGCCAUCACCAUUCCAGAGCAAAGAAUCGAAAUCCCUGCAACGACCCUCCAUCUGCCUUCAAGUGUGUUUAUCCCAUCUUUUGGUGCUCUCAGCGUCUCUGUGAAGGUUUCAUCUCCCAUUUAUAGUGUGUCGACAACUGCCAGUGUCGAGAAAAAGGACUCUGACCUAUUAACUUCACUGAAAUCCAGAUGUGUUUCUACCAUGAACUUCUUGGAAUACGACCUCUCUGCUGAUGCAACCAUCGUAUAUCAUAAUGGGGCAAUGAGUUUAACUGGGAAGGGAAAAUUGAUUCACACUGAUGGAAAUGUCAACUGGCAACAUGUUUUGGCACAAAAUGUCCGAAUGAAGCGCCGAGUCUCAGCAGCUGAGUCACUGGAGCCUCGUCACACUCUUAGCGUUGACAUCAGCAGUCGAACGUUCACAGAUGUGAGCUUCCGCUUUGCUUCCCGCAAAGAUGGCAUCACUGCAUCCGUGUCUUCGCCAUCAUCUGGUUUCCUUGGAGUGCAUUUACAGAGGAGGUCUCCAUCACAGUUGUAUGGGAAGCUGUUCAGUCGAUACCUGUCGUCUCCAGAGAGGGAUACCGAUGUCUUCGCUGCAAAAGUCUCACUGAGAAACUCGCAAAAAUUCUUUGUGCAGACUUCGUGGAAUCGGGACUUCCUGUGGGAUGUGAUGGAAGGCACCAAGCACAGAGUUCCUGCAAUGACAGACGCUGUGUUCAAGUGCAUUAACAAGUAUCACACCUCCCACUUUGGCUUUGACAUCAACCGUGGCAGCAAGAAGCUGAAAAACACACUUUCUUACGCCAUAGAGCGAGCCUACGAUCAGGUUCCCGUGUCUUGUACCACACCGCAGGAUUGGAUCCAAAACUUUGCUGAUGGAGCGCGAGAUAACUACCGGAAGGCCUCUGACGUCUUGAUGUCCAUGACUGUGCAGGAUGCUAUAGACAGGCUGUUUGAGACGGUGAAGCAUGUCAUGAAACAGUGUGAAAACAACAUGAAUGUGCUGCUAGAUGCAGCCUUGCAGUUUUUGAAUGACACACGGUUCAUGGUGCCGGGAUCGGAGAGGAAGCUCUCUCUUAUGGAAGCGGUCCAGGAAGCCCGUAGUGCCAUUCAAAAAAACAACGGCCUCGUGGAGAACAUCUCUACAGACAUCAGGAAAAUCAGGUUCACCGUACCUGGAAGUGAUGCUUUUGUUAGCGGAGAUGAGAUCAUGGAUAAGGUGGGGAAUAUUCUGGACCAGCUGAGAGAGGGUGUGAUCAGCGUGAUCAACGUGCUCCACCUGACAGCUGCUGGAUGUUUACGCGUCGUUGCUGAAAAAGCUGAGAGUUUCCUCGCCUACCUGCAAGAUCAAAACUCUGAAAUUUCCUCUAAAGUUGAUGCCAUUUAUGCAGAUGUUCUGCAGUUUUCAGAACAGCACGGCGAGGAGGCGCAGAGGUGCACGACUGAGUACAGAGACCUCAUCAAACUCAAGACCCAGAAAGCCUUAAAUGCUCUGAGCAUGGAGCGAGUAAAUGAUGGGACCAGCAGGAUCAUCAGUAUUUUGCAGGUGUGCUUCUAUGAGGGACUUGAAGCCAGUGUGGCUCUAAUGACCAGGGUCUCCCAGAGCACAGCACCCUACGUUAGAGUCAGCGAUGAGAAGAUGGACAUUGAGAUACCUUUACCCUUCCUCUGGAGGUCUUUCAGCGAAUGGCCGACGCCGCUUAGGCAGUGAAUCACAACUUUGAAGAUAAAGUGGUUUCAUAAUGGAUGAAAAAAUUGAAAAUCCCCUUUUUUGACAAUAAAAACUGUUUUAAAGUGAUAUUCAUGAAUGAUAAAAAUAAAUUACGUUUCUUCUGUGAGAUUCACUGAAUGUGGUUCAGCCUGCACGUUGCUGUUUGUUGGUGUUCAGCUAAACAGAUGCUGAACUCCAGUUUGUGUUUGUCUUAUUGUGUCCUCCUGAAGCUCCUGGACUCAUUUACACAAAUAACAUCAGAAAUCUAUAAGAAUAAGAAGCAUCAAAGCUUUCUGUGGUUCUUAGUCGUUUCCUCCUUUGUUGUUUGGCUUCUUCCUGUUAAACUUUGAAGAUCAGUUUUCUCAUGUUGGUUUACUUCCUGUUCUUAGGUUGUCUGCUCUGGCCUCCUUUGUUCCAUCUGUGUCUCAUCCCCAGUCAGCCUCCGAGUCCAAAAAGCUGUAAAAUGUAAACAAACAGAAGGAAAUGCAAAUCUAAUAAACUUCUAUUUUACCUGCAGAA